AUGGGGGAGACUGAGCUCUGCUUUCCACAACUCUUUAACACUUCAUGCAGCAGACCAAAACGUACUUACUUUGAAACUAUGAUAACCUACAUUCUGGUGUUUUCCAUCUCUCUACUCACCUCAUCUCUAAAUCUGUUGGUCAUCAUGUCUAUCUCACACUUCAGGCAGCUCCACUCUCCCACCAACCUGCUCCUUCUUUCUCUGGCCGUCUGUGAUUUCUUUAUUGGUCUUCUCAUGUUCUUUCAAAUUGCUCUGAUAAAUGGCUGCUGGCUUCUGGGGGACAUUGCCUGUGUCAGUUAUAACUAUCUGGCUUAUGUUUUUACCACUGCCUCAAUAGGAACCAUGGUGAUGAUAUCUAUUGACCGUUAUGUAGCUAUAUGUUACCCCCUUCAUUACAACACUAAAAUAACACAGAAAAAAGUGAAGAUAUGUGUUUCCCUGUGUUGGACCUGGUCUAUGGUGUUUCAGAGCUUAAAUUUAAUGGAUAACUUCAAACAACCAGGCAUGUAUAACUCCUGCUUAGGUGAAUGUUUGAUUGUCAUUAAUUACAUUAGUGGUAUGGCAGAUCUUAUUUUAUCGUUUAUAGUGCCCAUCAUUAUAAUAGUAGUUUUGUAUUUCAGAAUAUUUGUGGUGGCAGUUUCUCAGAUUCGAGCUAUACACUCUCACACUGCAGGAUUAACCCUCCAUGGUUCUGUAAAUGUGAAGAAAUCUGAGAUUAAAAUCUGCCUACCCAUUUGCUACUUGGAACUGUUUGUCGACCUCGCCCUGGUGCUUCUUUGGACUGAUUACCUGGCUCUGACCCUGGACUAG